AUGAUGGGCCUUCAGUCAGGAGAGGAGACGGCUUCUGGGGAUGAGGAUGACGAUGAGAAUGGUGGAAAGGAGGAGGAGGAACCAAAAGUUCGUUGGGCUGUCACUUACAAACCCAUCAGGGAUGGACUAAGAAAGGACCGGCGUCGGUCCCGAUCAGUCAGCGGAGUUGUGUCCCCACCAGCAACGCCCACAUCUUCUCCACCCUGGACGUCCCCAUCAAGUUGCGACCCAUAUGACGGACUGGCCACACCAAUUUCGCGGGCCAGUAGCUUUCUUGUCUCCCCAGCCACGGAUGGAACAGUAACGACCCCUCCUCCUUCGUCGCGCGUCUCUUAUUCGCCUAGGAGACGCCGCCAUUCCUGUGUUGCGCCCAAUACCAAGGAAUUCCAUACCCUUGCUACCAUUUUUGGGUGGGUCACCGAUGCGUCUGCGAACUACCCCAAGCCAAUCAGAUCCGAGGAGGACCAGGAAGAAGAAGGGGAGCGGGGGAGUGGCAUCGAGAGUAUCAUUAUGGAAGGUGCGCCUCGGUAUCUUCCUGGCAGUCAGAGUACGAUCUGUGCGAGCGAUGAUGACUCUGACCUUGAUGAUUGUUUCCGCCAGAGUUCCUCGUCCGCCAGUUGGCACACAUCCCGCGAAUCGAGAGGUUCGGAGCUCUCACAGACACGCGUCGAGGGCAGGUUCGAACACAACCCACACAGUUCCAACGGCUCAAUCGAGUUCCUCAACGAGUCAGGCGAGGCUGUCGCCACCGGAUAUACCGCCACAUCUUGGUCAAGUUACUCUAAAUCCACCUCACGGAACAACUGGCAGACAGGGACCCCAGAAUCUGAGAGUGCCUCUUCUUCCUCGUCCUCAUCAACCUCUACCCCGCCUCAUCUGGAAUCCAUGGAUGACUUGCUUCAUGACAUCCACCGCCGUCCCAGCGCUACACACCACCAGCAUCAGCAUCAUUCGUUCCCGGCACAGUCUCCAGAUGCACUCACCAACGAGCUGUUGUCGAGUAGUCUACUACCUCGGACAGCAACCGGGUUGCACAGGUCCGACACCAUGAGUACAAGACAUUCUUGCGAUUCCAUCUCUUCUCCCCUGGACUCUGAACAGUUGGAAUCACCUCUGACGCAGUGCAGCAAUAGCACACUGAUGUCGCCUUUGUCUAGCAGCCAUGACAAGGACUCGGGGUACAUAUCUUUUUCUUACAACAAGCAUGGUCCGUCCCUUGAGUCGUUCGCCAGGGGUGUUGCCCUGAGACUUUCAGAGCAGCGGUACAACCGUGCCGAAGAUGCAUCGGGCAAGACAGUUCAGGCAGCUGGAGCUGUUAAUCCAACUGCGACCAGUGAAGACACUGAAGAACCACCAGCCCCUCCGCCCAUUCCGCCGCGAUACCCCGAGAUCGACGUCCGAGUGUUUGAUCGCCCCGAGGAGGAAUCGUCCGAGACGAUUGUCUAUGCGCCACCUUUGGAGGGAUACAAACGCGAAUCGCUCUCCGGUACACUCGAGUUACGACCCAUCAUUGCCGCAACUAUUGUCAAGUUGAUCGAAAAGCUGACCCACCAGUACGGCUUGGUCCAGCUAUGCAAGUACCUCAUCCAGCGGUACCUGUGGGCUUUGGAAGAAGACACAGAGUUCCGCUGUGUCAUCCGCGUCCGGACAUUUGUGGUGUUCAAAUUCUGGAUCAACAACCACUUCGCAGACGAUUUCCUGACCUCGAAAUCGCUCCGAUUCCAAAUGGCGUCCUUCUUGAACGAGAUGCGGUUUAACACCAGGGUUCAGGCGUCACCACGGGACUCACGGAUUAUUCGUAACCUGAUGGAAUUCUUCAAGUACCAACGACGGUAUUAUAAAGAUCUUGCUCAACAGAGUGCUACCACUGAGAUGGAGCGGUAUCAUCGACAGCAUAAAUACAACAACAGAAAGGACUCGGGACAGGUUUCUGACAAUGGGGAUGUCAGGAAGUUUUCUACUGAUGGGGCGCCAGAAUCGACGGCGGCCGCUGUAGCGGGUUUUAGUUCAGAUGUGGUCGAUCGACUCCGGGUGUCGACUGUGCACAGGCAGAUGGAUCCGGUUACAGGCAAGGUGACAACCAGUGAUGUAACGGAGACUGCAAACGCGCCCAGCAACCCCACCAAAGGUCGACACAGGGCUUAUACUCUCGGAGGCUUGAUCAUUAAGCCUCUGAGUGGCGACACUCCAUCCAAGCACGUCCCACGGACAGCACAACAGACGGGCCGCCAACCCAGCGAAGGCUCAGGCCCAUUCCAGCCUCGAGAACGCCGCCUCUCCUCCUCAUCCAUCAAAUCCAACAAAAGCACCAGUACCUGGUCCACCAAAUUCGUUAACAAGAUCCGCCAAAAGUCUGAGGACUUCUAUCAACAGAUUGUUCACCCCUCAGGAACCACGCAUAAGGCGGACUCGAAGCAGUGUGUCUGUUGGACGUUGGCGUAUAUUGGCAUCUCGGAGCAGCAUCAUCAUACCCUCAGCUCUGCCCGGAGUUUCCCCAACUUGCGACCUUCUGUUAUUUCGACUCACUACCAACAACAGCAAGAUACUGCGGGGUCUGUUGUUACGAGCAAUACCUCCAGCUCAAUCCCUUCGUUGCCUUCGAACAAAUCGAUCAAGCGGCUCAAGUCGUCGCUCAGUCUGGGCCUUCAUUCGUCGACUAGCAGCACGGUCCCUUCGCCUAUCCCUUCGCCCACUAGGAACCAGUUCUCGGGCAUCUCUAACCGCCACUCGCGUUCAAACUCCAACUCCUCAGUCGGUUAUCACCCAAACCCAGAAUGCCCCUACCACAUCCCAUGCGUCGAGGCGAUCCAAACCGAUUCAACCAACGCACCACCGCCACCGUCCGAGACCUCCGAAAGUGGCGCCUCUUCCGCCACAUUCUCAACCCUAAAAGAAGCCCUCCAGGAAGACUUCUCCAGCACUAUCAACGGGAGCGAAUCAAGAUCCUCCUCGCAACCUCAAUCCGGCGGUAUCAUCCCCCCCUCCCCAGGCUGGAACUACGGACCCUGGCACUCCUCCGCCCACCAACUCUUCCCAACCAUGGUGUCCCCACCACCAUACAAACCGUUCAUCCUCUUCUAUCGGUCGCAACUGAUUGCGCAACAGCUCUGUCUGCUUGAACAGCAUUUCUUGGAGAAUGUCAAGUGGGAUGAGCUGUUGGAGGUGGAACUGUGUAGGGCGGGGAGGAAGAGUCGAAGCAAGGUGCAGAGUUCGAUCAGUGGGUAUUUAUUCAGAGCUGAAGGGGAGCCUAAUGGCAUGGAUGCCAGCAAUGAGCGAAGCAACAUGCUGUGUAUGUGGGUCGCCUCGGAGGUUGUGAGCACGCGCGUUCUGGACGACCGCGUUCGCGUUGUCGAAAAGUUCAUCAGGAUCGCCAAAAAAUGCUACCAGUACAGGAACUUCAACUCACUGAUGCAACUCGUCAUGGGGCUCGGAUCGUCACCCCUAUGUGGACUACGUCGGACCUGGGCGCGUGUCGGAAGCUACGAGAUGCGAGUCCUUCAGGACCUUCAGGACUUCAUUUCACCUUUUGGGAACUGGAGUGAUUUGAGGAAGGCGAUGAAUCAGGUCGGGUACCAGGAGACUUCUGCUGCUGCUGCUGGUUCUAGUUUUGCUGCUGGAGAGAGUGUCGGACAUCAGAGACUUAGUGUUCAGGGGUCUGACGUCUUUUCUUCUUCCAUCCACGCUACUGGACAUGAUGCGAAUGGGACGAGUAGCAACAUCCACUCACAGACAGAACCAGGACACAGCAAGUACCUCCAAUACCAAGCCCCCCUCGACAGACAAGGAUGCAUCCCGUUCCUGGGUCUCUUUGUCUUUGACCUCACCCACAUUGCCGUAUCGCCAUCCUGGUUCCUCCCCCAGGUCGUAUCCUCCUCCUCCUCUUCCUCGUCUUCGUCUUCGUCUCCCAUGAACGGUUCUGCAUCCGAGGAAAGCAAUGUCACUUCUGUCGAGAAUGGAAUGGGAUCCGCCCCAUUGACUCCGAUGAAGGCGAAUCAUAUGGCGACUGCUGCACGGCUCGAGGCUCCAGAACCCAAGGAUCUGCAGGAGCUUCUUCCAAGUGGCUCUCUCCUCGUCCACUUUUAUCGCUACCAGCUGAUCGCAAAGACGAUCAAGUGGUUUUUGGCUUUCCAGCAGCGAUCGCCAAAGUACACGUUCCCAGUCGACAGCACGUUGUAUUCAAAGUGCUUCUUGCUGCGUGUGUUGACCAAGGAGCGUGUGAAGGAACUGGCCAUCAAGUGCGAAAGCGAGUAA